AGACUCACGUUCAAGGUUCUUGUGGCUCGGUCAAAGUUUGAGUGAACUGGUACAGACUCCCUCGGAGCGGUUUAAACCUUAACUUAUCUCCAGGAUGGCUGCACGGAACAUAUCACAGUUUUGGGAGUGGGGCAGGAAGAUUAUUUGUGUGGGGAGAAACUAUGCAGAUCACGCCAAAGAGCUUAAAAACGCCAUUCCCACCGAGCCCGUGCUGUUCCUGAAGCCUCCUUCAGCAUAUGUCAGAGAAGGAUCCCCGAUUCUGGUACCCAGGUACACCAGCAACCUGCACCAUGAGGUGGAAUUAGGGGUGGUGAUCGGGAAAGGGGGCACAUCAAUCGCCCAGUCUGCUGCCAUGGAGCACGUCGCAGGGUACGCCCUGUGUUUGGACAUGACUGCCAGGGACAUCCAGGACGAGUGCAAGUCCAAAGGUCUGCCCUGGACCCUGGCUAAAGCCUUCAACACCUCCUGCCCCAUCAGCGACUUCAUCCCCAAAGAGCGCAUUUCUGACCCAGGCAACGUCACGCUGUGGCUGAAGGUGAAUGACCAGCUGCGACAGAACGGCUGCACCGCUGAUAUGAUCUUCUCCAUCCCGUAUCUCAUCAGCUACAUUAGCGACUUCAUCACCCUGGAGGAGGGGGACCUGAUCCUGACCGGUACUCCUAAAGGAGUCUCUGCCGUGCAGGAGCACGACGAGCUGCAGGCUGGGAUCCAGGAUGUCCUGACCAUGAGCUUCAGAGUGGACAGAGAAAACCACUGAUGGAAACAAAGUUGAAGAAAAUCCUCGUAGACCAAUGAAAAGGAUGGAUUUAAUACCCAGUUUUAAUACUUUAUGGAGCAAUUUCACUGUGUAUCAGCAGGUGGCAGUGUAGUUCAAGCAAGAAGAAUGGUAUGUCUGAUCCUUUUUGUUGUUAUCACCGAACUCCAGGUGUGUAAACAUUUUCUGUCAGGAGAAGGAUGGGAAACAACAGGACAAGAUUUUGUAUGAAAAUAUUUGUAAUAUUUAUUUUGAAAUAUAUCAAUGAAGCUGUUGACUAAUUCUUCACAAUUUACCAGAAAUGAUGAUCUGAGCACAGUUUUGCACCGAGAAAAUUAAAUUAAAUGCAUAAAUGUG